AUGUCCACGUCGGCGGACCGGCUCAACGUCAUCGCCCUGAUAUCCGGCGGCAAAGACAGCUUCUACAGCCUCCUCCACUGCCUGCACCACGGGCACCGGGUCGUCGCCCUGGCGAACCUGUUUCCCUGCCCUGCCGGCAGCAGUCGCGCGUCCGCGUCCGCGCCCGACGCGACGAGCCAGCAGCACGACCAGCCGCACGACCCGCCGACAGACUUGAACAGCUUCAUGUACCAGACCGUCGGCCACGAGGUGGUCCCUCUCUACGCCGCCGCCACCGGCUUGCCUCUGUACCGCCAGCCGAUCGCCGGCCGCGCCGUCUGCCUCGAGAGAGACUACGAGGCCCAGGGCGACGGGGCCCAGGGCGACGAGGCCCAGGGCGACGAGACCGAGUCCAUGCUGCCCCUGCUGCGGGCCGUCGUGUCGCGCCACCCGGAGGCAAACGCCCUCUGCUCGGGCGCCAUCCUGUCGACGUACCAGCGGACGCGGGUCGAGUCGGUCGCCCUGCGCCUGGGGCUCGCCCCGCUGUCCUACCUGUGGAAAUACCCCGUGCUGCCGCCCCCGCCCGGCCGCCCGGCCGACGAGGCCCAGCUGCUGAGGGACAUGGCGGCGGCCGGGCUGGAGGCCAGGAUCGUCAAGGUCGCGAGCGCCGGCCUGGACGAGAGGCACCUGUGGGAGCGGGUGACGAGCGAGGCGGGCGCGCGGCGCGUCCAGGCUUCCCUGCGCAGGUUCGGCGCCGCCGACGGGGCCUCGCUCGGCGAAGGGGGCGAGUUCGAGACGCUCGUGCUGGACGGGCCGCGCGCCCUGUUCACGAAGCGCAUCAGCAUCCCCGAGCGCGGGAGGACGGCGGUGCCGGAAGGCGGAGGGUCCGCCUGGCUCAUGCUGACGGGCGCCCGCGUCGAGGACAAGCCUCCGGACGGGGGGCGCGACGCGCCGCCGCCGCCGCCGCCUUCGGUCAGGCAGCCGGCGCUGCUCGACGCGCUGUUUCAGACCGUCCUGGACUCGCUGGAGCCGGGCGCCGCCUCUGUUGCCGCGCACGGCCGUGACCACCGCUCCGCGCUCAUGGCCAACAAGCCCCCCCUGCGGGCCGCGCCCGACGCCGCCGACAGCUUGCACUGGGCCGUCGCUGCGGAUCCGCCACCACCCGCGGGCACCUCCGUCCAGGACGAGACCGCCGACGUCGUGGACAAGGUCAGGGCCCUGCUGUCGUCAAACGGACUGCAGCCCGGCCACAUCACCAGCGUCGUCGUCAUCCUCCGCGACAUGUCCGACUUCCCACACGUCAACCGCAUCUACGGCGGGCUGUUUGCGAAACCGAACCCGCCCGCCCGCGUCACCGUGUCCUGCGGCGACCUGCUCCCCGCGGGACGCAGCGUCGUCGUCUGCGUGAGCGUGCCCCGCGCCGCGGCCGCGGCCGCGAGCAGAGGAGGCCUGCACGUGCAGUCCAGGUCGUACUGGGCGCCCGCCAACAUAGGCCCGUACAGCCAGGCCGUGGAGACGGCUGCGGCCGCGGCUGCGGGCGGGGAGCCGACGCGCCUGCGGGCCGUCUUCGUCGCCGGGCAGAUACCCCUGGUGCCGGCGUCCAUGGCGCUCGAGUCGCCGUCGGGCGCCGCGGGCUCGCUGCGGCGGCAGGCCGUGCUGUCGCUGCAGCACCUGUGGCGCGUGGGCUCGGAGAUGAAGGUGCAGUGCUGGGCGAGCGCGGUGGCGUACCUGGCCCGGCAGCAGAGCGAGGACGCGGCCAGGGAAGCCGCCAAGCUGGCCGGGCGGGCCUGGGUGCUGGCGCACGCGUCUCCGACGACGCUCGACAGCGAGACGAGCCAAACCGACCCCUGGGACCUAAAGUACAACCCCCAGUAUCGGUCCCUGGCGGCCACGGGGGCGGAUUCCCAUCCGUCCCGUCUCCCCGACUGGUCCGUCUACACGCCGCGGCAGCGGGGCGAGCCAAGCUCGUGCGUUCCCCCCGUCUUCUCGGCCGAGGUGGAGAGCCUGCCGAGGGGCUCUCUGGUAGAGUGGCACGCUCACGCUGGGCUCAAGGACAUCGCCGAGGGCUCCGUCGAGCUCGCGCGCUACUGCUGCUCGAGGGAAGGCGGCCGAUGGCGCAGCUGGCACCUGGUCAUCGGGACCGGCGACGCGGUUGCGGUGUACACCACCAUGGCAUACCUGCCGAACAACCAACGGGAGGCGGUCGGACUGCAUCAACUGGAACGGGAGCUUGGCGGCGCAUACGAGGAAUGCUUGCGCAAGCUGCAUCCCGACGCCACGAUUGCAGGCCCGAAGCCGUAUCUGGGUUACGUGGAUGUGACUCGGACGGGCGGCGUGGGCUCGCCUGGGGGAUGUGGAUGUGGAUGGAAGGGCUUUGCGGCAACAGAUGUCGCAGUCAUUCCCUGCAGGUCUCUCUGGACUUUGGAGGGCGAGCGUGCUUGUCUGGCAGCCUUGUACAAGACGGUCUUUACAACCACCGACGAGGCGUGGCGAGGCGUGGCGAGGCGUGGCGAGGCGUGA